GCCGGUCAGUCCGUUUGUCGGCCGGUUCGCCCACCCGCCGCAGCCAACGCUGACGUUAGCGGCCGCACUCCCGGCCUGACUAGCCCAGCGUCUCGGCCACGCGCGGCCCGCACCGAGGCGCUCGUUCUCCCCCCUUUGCCCCACCUUCUUCCUCCCCCUUCACGGAAACGACAGCUGCGGCGGCGGGCUUGGCGCCGCCUCCCUCCACCUACCACGCCUGUCCCCGCCGCUCUCUCACGGCGCCUCCACCUCCCGGCUAGGUCAGCCGGCGGCUCCGCCCGCUGCCGCCCAGGAUGAACAUUAUGGACUUCAGCGUAAAGAAGUUGGCGGCCGACGCGGGCACCUUCCUCAGUCGUGCCGUGCAGUUCACAGAAGAAAAACUUGGCCAGGCAGAGAAGACAGAAUUGGAUGCUCACUUAGAGAACCUCCUUAGCAAAGCUGAGUGUACCAAAAUAUGGACAGAAAAAAUAAUGAAACAAACAGAAGUGUUACUGCAACCAAAUCCAAAUGCCAGGAUAGAAGAAUUUGUUUAUGAGAAACUGGAUAGAAAAGCUCCAAGUCGUGUAAACAACCCAGAACUUUUAGGACAAUAUAUGAUUGAUGCAGGGACUGAGUUUGGCCCAGGAACAGCUUAUGGUAAUGCCCUUAUUAAAUGUGGAGAAACACAAAAACGAAUUGGAACAGCAGACAGAGAGCUGAUUCAAACAUCAGCUUUAAAUUUUCUCACUCCUUUAAGAAACUUUAUAGAAGGAGAUUACAAAACAAUCGCUAAAGAAAGGAAGCUAUUACAAAAUAAGAGGCUGGAUUUGGAUGCUGCAAAAACCAGACUAAAAAAGGCAAAAGCUGCAGAAACUAGAGCUUCACAACUAAACUCAACUCGGCUUGAAGGAGAUAACAUUAUGGUAAAUUUCUCUUACAUGCUCAACUUCCUGCAUGUAAAAUGGCUGAAGAUUUGGGCAGAGGAAGUGACAAAAUCUGAACAGGAAUUAAGAAUAACUCAAAGUGAAUUUGAUCGGCAAGCAGAGAUUACUAGACUUCUCCUAGAAGGAAUCAGCAGUACACAUGCCCACCACCUCCGCUGUUUGAAUGACUUUGUAGAAGCCCAGAUGACUUACUAUGCACAGUGUUACCAGUAUAUGUUAGACCUCCAGAAACAGCUGGGAAGUUUUCCAUCCAAUUAUCUUUGUAACAACAAUCAGACUUCUGUAACACCUGUACCGGCUGCUUCAUCAAAUGUGAUUGUUCCUUCUGCCAUGGCUUCAACAAGUGGUCUAGUAAUGGCCUCACCUUCCAACCUCCAUGACCUUAAGGAGUGUAGUGGCAGCAGGAAGGCCAGGGUUCUCUAUGAUUAUGAUGCUGCAAACAGUAGUGAAUUAUCACUUCUGGCAGAUGAGGUGAUCACUGUCUUCAGUGUUGUUGGAAUGGAUUCAGACUGGCUAAUGGGGGAAAGGGGAAAUCAGAAGGGCAAGGUGCCAAUUACCUACUUAGAACUGCUCAAUUAAAUAGGUGGCCUAUGGAAAGAUUACCCAUCAUGACACCGUAUUUAUAUACAAUUAACUCUAUUGCAGGUUUAAGUAUCUUCAAUGUUAAUGUCUUAAGAGACUGAAAAGAAAAUACCAGCCACCAGAAACCGGCCUUUCUGCCGAUAAAGUUGCAUGGUAAAUAUUACAGAAUUUAUGUUAGAACUUUCAUGCCAAGAAUGUUUUCUUACACAAUUCUCUUUCUACUGAGGUUUCACUAAUAAGCAGCUCCUACUUUUGAGCCCAACUUAAAGCAAAAGAACUGUUUUCUACUGAAUUUUUCAUUAAUGGCAAGUUUUUCCUUUUAUGUAAAAUAAAUUUAUGGUGAAUUGAUAUCAGUGACUCAUUUUUUAGGUAUAAUUAAUAGCCAAAGAAUAAAAUUAAAAUUUGUUUUAAGCUUCUGAUUUAAAAAAAAAAAUCUAGAAUAUAAACUUCUUUUGAGGAAGAAUGUGCCUCUCGAUUCUUUCAUAAACAGAACUGCAGUUAUACCAUGUUGACCUUGUUUUCUAACUGAAAUUGAAUGAUUUCAAUGUGUUUUGAUGGGUUAUUUAGGGAGUUUUUUUUGUUAUUGUUUUUAAACACUACUGAGUGGUAUGUGUUUGUUUUUUUAAUUUAAGAACUAGCCCUUAGAAGUCAUUACCAUAUUUCUGUGGUAUAUUUGUAGUUAAGGUUCUAAAACAUCUGGAACAAAUUUAAUUCACUAAACAUAAUCUAUGUUUUUAAGAUUAUUCAGUUAUAAUUUAAUGCAUAAUCAGAACUGGAGCCAUUAAGAACGUAUUUCAGUACAGUAAAGAGAAUUUUUUCUUAUUGAACACACAGAUCCUCAUAAAAAUACAGAUUUAAAGCAUCUACUACAUUCAUUAGAGUGAAUUGUAUACACAGAAUAAACUUGUGGCUACUCUGAGCCUAAAAAUUUGAGAGUUUAUUAAUAAACAGGUUAUGUUGGGCAAGAUCUUUGGUUAUGACACAUACGCUAAUGAAAUGAUUAGUGAUACCUUCAGGACAGAAAGCUGCUAUUUGGGCCAUUGCUAUAAAUCAGCAUUAGCUAUGAAUCUUCCAGUUGGCAAAUUGUUCUGCUCUUAUUCUCAUUUAUUCAUUCAACAAACAUUUGUUGAGGUUCCAUUAUAUGCCAGGCACUGGGCACUAUCCUGGACAAUAAUAUGCAUACUGUCCUUGCUCCUGCAGAGCUUAAAUGGAGGAUAUAGAGAAAUAAACAGGCAAUUGUCAUAGAUCAUGGUCAGUAUCAUCAUAAAAGAAAUAAAGGGUACUGUGUUUAGGAGCAUAUAGGAGUGCCACCUAAUCCAGACUUGGUAGAUUAGGGAAGUUUGGAAAGUGGUUUGGGGAGGAAGUGUUCCUGGCAAAAGGAACAAGAUGUGCCAGGUCUGGGACUAAAAAAGCAUAGCACAUUUUGACAACUAAGAAUAGUUUAGUCUGGCUUAAGCAUGAAAUGCAAAGGUGUACUUCAUUUCUUUGGGGAAUAUUAAUGUAUCAAGAUGAUUUUUUGGUACUUUAAAAAAUGAUAAAUAUUUAAACACUACUUAAAAUAUCUUUUUGCAUUAAGAGCACUUUGUAAGAGCUUGGUACAUAUGUUGAUCCUUUCAGGCCGAACUCUUAACAGUAGUUACCCUUUUAUGUCUGUGUUACGAAACAAAUUGCUCUGCAAUUUUUCUCAGUGUAUUUAUACAAGAUCCUCACACUUCAAAUUACUAUGCUUUAAAAGAACUCCAAAAGCUAUUCAGGGUGGUUGGUCAUCUGUAGAACCAAGUGAAUUUUUUCCCAGAAAGGAAGUUCUGCAGCAUAGAGUAUCAUCUGUUAUGUUAUAUAAGUUAAGUUUUAGAUUUUCAAAGAUCAUGCCCAGUUCAAGUCAACUUAAACACCAGCUAUAAAUGGGAUUUAUAGGAAGUAGAGUAGUAAAGGUGAAAAAGUAUGGGUAAUAAAGUGAAAUGGUCCUAGGUUCAAAUCCAGAUUCAGCUCACAGGGAUAAUAAUUAUGCCAUAUCAGGGUUGUUGUGAGGAUUUUAUAGAACAAAUAUUAUUUUGUAUGUUAGGUACUUUUUAGGGAACCACUUGGCAUAUAGUAAACACAUUCUGUAAAUACAAGUUUUCUCCUGGCUAGCUCCUGUAGCUUCUUGACCUGCCCACAUUGUGGGCCUUGUUUAUCACUGUGUACUCUCUAGUACACCUCUUUUUACUCAUGCUCUAUCCUACUCUCUAUCAAUCCUAUCUUUCACCCCCUUUAAAUCAGACCCAGAUCUAGGUUUAACCUCAUCACAGUCAGUGUAAAACUUUUUAUCAGAACCUUCUCUUUUUCUAUCAAGUAAAUGUUGGUCAUAGUAACCUAGUAAUGUACAUUUGAUAAUGUUAAGGUUCAAAGGCUUAUUGUGGUUGUUGCCACAAAUUCACCACAAUAUGUGGGCUUGUUCUCAUGUUUAUUGCUUUUCAUUUCAGUAGGCUUUUGGAUGGUUAGUUGGAGUUUUUGUUUUAUAUUGGUUUUGGCUUAUUUUAAGUCAUAGGUUUAGUUUUUACUCAGGUGAAAGCCUGUGAAGGCUCUUAAGCAUGGAAGAAAAGCUUCAGAAGCCUAUUAAUUCAUGGUGCAAUUCAAAAUUGUUUAAAUAAGCUCUGUGUCCCCUGAGCUUAAUCUAAAGGCAUAGUAAUGUGAAGGCUGCACAUAUGAAUGAAAUAAUAAACUUGAAAAUUAUUGUAGGCUCCUUUACAAGCAGAAAAGAAGUGACUGCGUUUUAUCCUCAAAGUAAUCUAAUCUAAACAGUCAUGGUGUUACAUCUCUUUUGGUGCUGUUCAGAAAAAUUCUUAUAGCAGGAGCAAAUUCCAAAAAUGGGAAGAUACCUCACUAUGAGUAACAUGUAAAAUAAGAAACCUGAGGCCAGGUACCCUAGUGGGUUAGAGCCCAUCCUCAGAAUCUGUUAUUAUAGUCCAUCAGAACAAAGCAGAAUGAGACUGGGGAAGCUAUUGUUGGGAGGACAUUACUGAGAUAAACUAUGGAGUGGAAAUGAUGAAGGGCAGGAAAAGAAAUAACAUGCUUCUUUACCCAUAGAUGCCCAGUUUAAGGUCAUACUUUGUUGACAGAAUUCGUCAAAAAUCCCUUCUUUACCUCGAAUGCCUUGCAAAAUUUCGAAAUUUUGAAAUAUAUUUCCCUAGUUAGUAUUUAGCACUUCAAGCCUGGGUAGAGGCCAUAAUGGAGAGAGGGCUUCACAAUUUGGCCUAAAGCCAGCUUUGCCUCACCACCUUCUCCAGAUGAUUUAGUGGCUCUUACUUCAUGGUGUGAGACUCAAAAGGGAGCGAGGUUCCACGACCACAGCUGCUGUUUUUCCCUUAUUAUCCGAAUUAGUCUCAGUAAAGCAGUGGUUCUCAAAGUGUGGUCCUCAGACCAGUAAUAUCAGCAUCACCUGGGAACUUGUUAAAAAUGCUAAUUCCUAUUCCCCAGUACUUUGUAGCUUUAUUUUAUUUGUUUUGUCUUUGAGGGCCUAUACAACUAGUCCUAGUUUUCCAGGUGAUAGUUUUUCAAAUAUUUUAAGAUAAAAACUGUUUUCUCAACUAAUUUACUAUGUUCUAGCACUAUAUCCUGAUUGUAAUAUAGUUAUUUUUAUAAUUUAUUUAACAUGUCUACCAUUCUAGAAUGUAGGCUCCCUGAGGAUGCACCUGUGACUCUUGAGCACAGUAUCCCCAACCAUUAACACAAGGCCUAGCACAUAGUAUGUACUCAGUAUUGUUGAAUGAAAUUUUAAAAUGCAAAUUUCCAGGCCUGCCCUGAAUCAAACUCUAUAGGUGGGCCCCAGCAGUCUGUGUUACAUAAAACAAGCCCUUCAGGUGAUUUCUGUUGCACUCUGAAGUUUGAGAACCACUGCAGGAAAACAAAGGAAACCUGCCUUUCACUUUCAAGCCUACUUUCUGACAUCACUUGAAAAAUUCUUCUUGUCUUCUGUAACUUUCCCAGCAGUGUUCUCUCCCAAGUGAGAGAAGCCUUGCUUGGCUGUGUCAAAAAUGGGUGUAAAGGUAUAAGGGUAUUCUUAAUGUAAGGGAAAUAUUGCUUAGAAUGCCAGUACUUGGUUGCUGUCAAGGGUUUCUAGGAAUGGAUCCUUUGGGCUGAAGAAGGAUACACCCUGCCACUACCCACAUUUCCACACAGUACAGUGCCUUUUAAUUGGUGACAGUUUAAUAUCAGAGCACCCUGACAAAACCAUGAAGCAGUAUCAGACUAAUAUAUGUAUACAUCCCUGUGCCUCUUAGGUUGCUAAGCUCAGCUCUCAUCCCUACUUCAAAGGAGACUUUUUAAUAUUUUUUUAUAAGACAUGUCAUAGACAUGCUAGUAUUAAAAAAAAAAAAAAACACCUCAAAAUAUAGUUAAGAAAAAAUAAAAUUACCCACAAUCCCACCAUCCAGGGAGAACUGUUAUUAUUAAUAUGACACUCCAGAUUCUUUUCUGUGCAUAUAUAGAUUUUUUUAAUGGGAUCAAAUUGUACAUAUUCCUUUGUAACUUUUUUCCAUUCAAGAAUACCAUGACUGUCUUGCUGUGCCAAAUACAUUUCUACAUCAUUUUAAAUGACUGCAUGGUAUUCCAUCAUUUGUGCCACGUUUUAUUAAACUGUUAAAUUUUUAGGUUGCUUCCAAUUUUUCACUAAUAAACUGUUUUAAAUAA